AGCUCUUCAUUUGCCUACAAGGAUGUCAGUUUCCAAUGCCAGUGACAACAGUGUUUCAGCCAAUCUCUUCCUUACUGGGAUCCCAGGGCUGGAGUCUGCCCACUUCUGGAUUGCCAUCCCUUUCUGUGCCAUGUAUCUGGUAGCACUGGCUGGUAAUGCGGCCCUCAUCCUGGUGAUUUCCAUGAACAAUGCACUUCAUUCCCCCAUGUACCUCUUCCUUUGUUUUCUCUCAUUCACCGACCUGGCUCUCAGUUCGACCACUGUGCCCAAGAUGCUGGCCAUUUUGUGGUUCCACGCUGGGGAGAUUUCCUUUGCUGGAUGCCUCACCCAGAUGUUUUGUGUCCAUUCUAUCUAUGCUCUGGAGUCCUCAGUUCUUCUUGUCAUGGCCUUUGAUCGAUACGUGGCUAUCUGCAACCCACUGAGAUACUCAAUCAUUCUCAACCAUACUGUCAUAGGCAAAAUUGGCCUUGUUGGCAUAUUCCGUAGUGUGGCUAUCGUCUCUCCCUUCAUCUUCUUGCUGAGGCGACUGCCCUACUGUGGUCACCAUGUCAUGGCACACACAUACUGUGAGCACAUGGGCAUUGCUCGCUUGGCCUGUGCUGACAUCACUGUCAACAUUGUCUACGGGCUGACUGUGGCUCUGCUGGCCAUGGGUCUGGAUUCCAUCCUCAUUGCCAUCUCCUAUGGCUUUAUCCUCCAUGCAGUCUUUUGUCUCCCAACUCGGGACGCCCAGCACAAGGCUCUGAGUACCUGUGGCUCCCACCUCAGUGUCAUUCUGGUGUUCUACAUCCCAGCCUUCUUCUCAUUCCUCACCCAUCGCUUUGGUCACCACCGAGUCCCCAAGCAUGUGCACAUCUUUCUGGCUAAUCUCUAUGUUCUGGUGCCUCCUGUACUCAAUCCUAUUAUCUAUGGAGUUAGAACCAAGGAGAUUCGGAGUCGACUUCUAAGACUGCUUCACUUGGGAAAGAUCUCAAUCUAAGUUCUGAGCAGAACUUGGAGUUAAGAAAAAAUAAGUGGGAAGGGUAGUUAGUUGUCCAGAUAAAUUUGAAUAGAUGGAGACCCGUGAUGUGA